UGGUGCUCAGAGCUAACCGUUCCGACUACCAGCAAUGGCUUCAGUACGAAGAUUCCGGCCAGCUGACGUGGCAGAGCUUGUGUGUGUGGGAGCAUCCAGAGUCUUUCAGGAUGGGAUGCAGCAGCCCAGCCUUUGCUUUAGGGGUAGGCGGUGAAGCUACAAAACUACGAAAAACUAAAUCAAGGAGGAGGAGCUUCACAGCAAGACCCAGAUGGACCCUUGGGUGCCCCCGGGGCAGCCCCAACCAAGAGGGAGGCAUGUAGCCCGGAUGGAGGGCCAGGACAGGGGGCCAUGGGGAGAAGGCUACCACAGACCUCGACCCCAGUCUAGGCAUAAUGGUGAGAGGUAUUACCACCACCAACAGGACCUCAGAACAGGGCCUCAACUGUGGCCAGACCCAUGGAUGGAGUACCACCACCCCAGCUAUCCUGGCAGGCCAGAGGACCAGAUCAGACCAGACUCCAGAGCAGAGUAUUAUGAAAGCAGUUAUCUCACUAGACCAUAUUCAAGGCAAGGCUAUGAGGACCCCUACUGGAGCUACCCAUCGCCAAGCUCUGGGGAAGACUACGCUUUCAGAGGUUAUCACAGACCCUCCCAAGUACUGCAGCAUGAGAGAGUGUGCAGAUCCAAGGCACGAAGAUCUUUAUGGCAGGCACAUGAAUUACUGGGAUCAGAACUACUACAGAGACUCCCGUCAUGACCAGGAUACCAGCCCAUUUGGGCAGAACGAUGUGGCACAAUACCGCUCAAAGAGCUACAGCUCCUAUGAGGAGAAGUACAUCUCUACUCCCAGGCAGGAACAGAUUGGGGUGGAAGCCCGGGGGAACUGCGUGGAGGAUGCCAGCUUCCAGCCAUAUGAGCUCCCCGCCCCACGUGAGCUCAGCCGGCUCGUGCAGUACAAGGAAUCUGGCCUCAGCUCCAGCAGCUAUGAACUCAGUCAGUACAUGCGCGACUCUCCCAAUCAGUACGACCCAGAUCCUUCAGAGACCUGGAGUCCAGUUCAAACAGAGGAAGUCUUGCUGUCCACUCCGCACCACGUGGCACCGCAGAAGUAUUCCCUCCCUCACGUGCCAGUGUGCUUUGGAGCAGGAGGCCAGCUGGUCCGAGUGUGCCCUAACUCCCCGGCUGAUGGGCAGCCUGCCCUCAUUGAAAUGCACAGCCUGGAGGUAAUCCUUCAUGACACAAAAGAGCAGGAGGAGAUGCGAGCCUUCCCAGGGCCUCUGGUCAGGGAGGAUUUGCACAAGGUGGAUGUGAUGACAUUUUGCCAGCGCAAAGCAGCCAUGAGCUGUGAUUUGGAGACUGAGAGAGGCAGAGACUCAGCCCUGCUCUGGAAACUCUUGGUCCUCCUUUGCCGGCAGAAUGGGUCCAUGGUGGGCUCAGACACAGCUGAGCUGCUGAUGCAAGACUGCAAGCGCCUGGAGAAGUAUAAAAGGCAAGAGCCAGUGGCCAAUCUGAUCAACCUGACCAAUGAAGAGUGGCCAGUGCAGGGCUCCGGGACACCAGACCUCCUCACUGGGGAGAUCCCACCCAGCAUGGAGACACCAGAGCAGAGAGUGGAGAAAUUCACCAAGCUCCUCUUCUAUGGCAGAAAGAAAGAAGCCCUGGACUGGGCCAUGAGAAGCCAGCUGUGGGGUCAUGCCCUAUUCCUGUCAAGCAAGAUGGACCUGAGGACCUACAGCUGGGUUCUAUCUGGGUUCACCAGCACGCUGGCCCUCAACGACCCCCUGCAGACUCUCUUCCAGCUCAUGUCCGGAAGGAUACCUCAGGCAGCUCUGUGCUGUGGGGAUGGCAGGUGGGGAGACUGGAGACCACACCUGGCAGUGAUGCUGUCCAACCAGGUUGGGGACACUGAGCUGAACCACCGGGCCAUCGUCGCCAUGGGAGACACCUUGGCUGGGAGAGGGUUAAUAGAAGCUGCUCACUUCUGCUAUCUAAUGGCGAAUGUCCCUUUUGGUCACUACGGGGUUAAGACAGACCACAUUGUCUUGCUGGGCAGUGACCCCAGUCAGACAUUUGUACAGUUUGCCAAGACGGAAUCUAUCCUAAGGACUGAAAUCUUUGAGUAUUGUCAGAUGCUGGGACAUCCCAAAUCCUUCAUCCUCUCCUUCCAGGUGUAUAAACUCCUUUACGCUGCACGCCUGGCGGACUAUGGUCUCACCUCCCAGGCCUUGCAUUACUGCGAAGGGAUUGGCACAGCUCUGCUAGACCAGACCCAGGCCAGCCAUCCGGUGCUGUUAGAACAGGUUAUCAAGCUUGCAGAGCAGCUGAAGCUCUCUGACCCAUUGCUACUGGAAAGACCUGAGCAGGAACAGAACCUGGAACCCGACUGGCUCGUCCAGCUCCGAGCCCGAGGCCAACAAUGGGAGAAGGAAGGCGACCUCCCCAACUUGGCAUCUGCUCAGCCAGAGCUCUCCAGAGCCAGCGGAUCCACAGCAGACAGAGAUCUCCGUCAUGAGUUUGCACAAAACCCAGGCUACCAGCACAACCUAGAGUUCCAGCAGUAUAACCCCCCUGCUCCUGAGAGGACAGGCCAGUACCAGCCAGGUCUACAGGAGAACGUGUCCUUCCCGCCUGGUGCAUAUUCCAGGGUGGAGGGGUCAGAGCAGGCCAUAGCUUCUGUGCCACCUGAUGCCAUGCAAGAGAAUCGUCCCACAGAGGUCAGCUUUGGGGCAAACCUCUCUCUAGAGGGAAUUUCAAAUGACCAUUCCCCACAGGUCUACCAGCCACCAGGGAACGCUGUGAGGUUUCAAGGACGCUCCCAGCCCUUUGGGGUUCAGAAGAACAUUCUGGAACAGCAGAGUGUGUUGAAUGCCAGGGCCCGAACCGUCUCAGAGAGCUCCACCAUCUCCGUGGAGGAGGACGCCUUGCGACCCCCAGAAGGCACAGGCGAGGGAGUUGCCGUAGAGCGGCCGUCGACGGAGGGGGCAGAGCGAGAGGAGGCAAAGGGCUCAGGGUUUGGCUGGUUCAGUUGGUUUCGAUCAAAGCCCUCCAAGGAGGUGACGCCUUCCAGAGAUGUGUCCGGCCCUGCCCCAGUCUCUGCUGCACUGGGGUCCCAGGAGAAGGAUGCACCAGCCCCAUGUCCCUCUCCCCCUCCUCCAGCCACUGGAGCAAGCUCUUCAUCAUCUCACCCUCCUCGCCUGCUUCCGGCUUCCCCCAGCCCUCUCUCCAGAAGCUCAGCUAUGAAUGAAGCUAAAGGCUUACAGGGCCCCAAUGGCAGGGAAUCAGCAGCCUUUCCUGGGGCUGGAGGCCAGGCUGACUCACAUGGCCCUCUCUCUGGUCCUGGUGGUCUCCUUCUUGCCCCUAGUAGAGGGCAGGUCCCACUCUUCAAUCCUGCUCAGGUUCCUCAGCUCUCCACUGCUGCCUCCCUUGGACUUGGCCAACCCAAGCGGCUCUCACAGCGGCGCUACCCAGCCCAGCCGUGACAAGGCGCUACCCAGCCUGGCCUGUCUACCAAGUCUCCUGUGGAGCAGAGGCUGCAAGAGUCCUUGCCAUGGGGACAGAAACAGACUAUUCAUUUGUACUGAGUCCCUGCCCUUUUUCUGCCCCUUUUCCUCUUUCCCCUAGGAAUAUUGCCAGUACACCUCCCCUUGCAAAGGGCGUCAAUAUUAAGGCUGGGGAGAGGUGGAUUCGCUCCUUUCUGACACUGGGUAUCCAUCAUUUGGCCAAGUGUCUAGUCAGUGAUGAUUGGCUAGUGGAAGGAGUUUUCAGGGAAGUUCCUGUAAGGGGAAAGGUAUAUCGAGGCUGGAUUUCAGAAGAAACAUCCUAUCAGUGAUGUCUCCGAGUCUGGGGAAUUUUUUCCCAAGGACCAUGCUGGAGUCCUCAUCUCUUCACUCACUGGAGUCUGGAAUGGCCAAAGCACUGGUGUAUAUAUUGCAGGGAACAAUCCCACAGUGGCCAGGGGUGGGACCCAGGGACUGGCUCUAAACUGCAGAUCUCUUCCAUCAGACAUGUAAUAGCAAUGGUAACAUGAGUAAAUGUAUGUAUGGCCAUUUGACUGGCUGCCAUGCAGGACAUCAGGUGCAGAUUGCAUGUUUGCUCCCAGGCUGGGGAGAGCCAGGAGUGCUGUGAAGACAGUACAUGCAGCUCUGGGUGGGAGCAAGCUCAUGGCAUUUAAAUGCCUCCUCAGGCCAACCGGAGGAGUAAGGUUAAUUGUCUCUGGCGGGAGCAGCAUCCAGCCAAGAGGGGCCAUCGAUCACAACAUAAAGCCAGUGGAGACUGAGAGUGCAUCCUCCCACAAAACAUCUGCCAUGGGAAUGGUUCAGGGGUGAUUCAGGGGUAGCCAGAGAUUGCAGUGCCUUCACAUUUGUAUAAGAUUCUUGACGAUAAAGGACAUAUUUGUAUGGUCUCUAAUAGCACCUACGCUGCCUUUGUAUUUAAUGUUUUUGGAAAUAAAGUCAAAAUACGUUUACUGCC